UGACUCCCUCUCCCUCUCUCCCUCUCCAAAUUAAUAAAUGCUCAGAUGAGAAAAUUACAGAGGCACUAAAAUCCCCAUUACUCUCUAUCUCUCUCUCUGAUAUAAAAACACCCACCCCAAGGACUCUCAUCUCAUCCCAUGUCUUCUUCUUCUGUCUCUCAAACGCUGAGGAAAAAACAAGACUUUCCCUUUGUUUUCCUCACCAGAUCCUUCAAUUUUCAUCACAAACACUUACCAAAAAACGUCUGAGAGUCCCGUAAGGGCACAAAAACCCCUUUCUUACAAUUCCCCAUAUAUAUACACACACACAGAUAUAUCUAUAUCUAUAUAUGUAACUAUACAUACAGGUCUAUACAUAUAUAUAUAUAUAGGGAGAGAGAGAGAGAGAGAGAGAGAGAGAGAGGAGGAAAUGAGGUGUAAGAAACACGUUACCGACCUCAGUAGCAGCGUCGGCGUGUGCGCUUCUUGCCUCCGGGAACGUCUCUUUGCUCUGAUCGCGGCCCAGGCCCACAAAACUCGGGUCCAACAAGAGCAGCAUGUGGCAAGAGAGAAUUAUCACCGGAAAUCUGAUACACAACCACCGCCACUGAUUUUUCCGAGGUCGGUCUCACCGUAUAUUUCUCGCCGGAAAUCUGACAACGCCACCACGUGGCCUCACCACCACCACCACCAUACUCCACAAGUGGGCCCCAAUGGUACGUUUGUCGUUGCGAAGAAGAAGAAGAAGCACAGAUUCUCUUUCCUCUCGAGUCUUUUCAGAUCCAAUUCGGAGACGCCUGACGCGGACCCUAGGGUUUCGGUUUCGGAUUUUCGGGAACCUUAUCCGGCCUCAUCCUCAUCGCCGUCUUGGUUUUCUACGAUGCUGUCCGGACGCCAGAAAAAGCAAUCGAGGACGUUCUCAGUUGAUGAAUCAACGGUUAGUGGCUAUCGAAGAACUAACCGGACUGUAGAUCGAGGAAUGUCGCCAGCGAGAUACUCAGGGGAGGAAGAAGAAGAGCAAUGCUAUGACAGAUCGAGUGGAUAUUCAUCAGAAUCAUCCCAGGGGUGGAAACAAACGCCGGGGAGGACCACAGCGGCGCCUCAGGUACGAAGAGGAGGUGUACGGCAAAGUCAUAGUCGGAAUGUAUCAGGAUUAGCGUUCUGUCUGAGUCCGUUGGUCCGUGCGAGUCCAAAUCGGCACUGGAAUCAGAAGGGAAUGCCGCCGGAGAUGGCAGUUUCCGGAGAGUUAAGGGCUCCGGUUAAACCUCCUCCUUCAAAUGCGACGUCGUUUUGUAAAAAUAGAUCAAGAAAGCUCGCGGAUUUCGGGAGGUUCAAUCAUGACCAUUGA